AUGAAAAUUUUCAAGAUGGCUGUAACUAUUAACCAACAACAUCAUGAACUCAAGUCAUUUGUCCGACCCCCAAAAUGCAGACUCCAAUCUUACUCAAACUUUGACCAGAUCAUGCUUGAUUUUGCCCAAAGCAAUUUAUCACAUUCCUUUAAACAUGCAUUUGAACUAACCAAUCUCCACAGAAGUUCAUCGACUCCAUGCCUCUCCCGUACCCGGGAAGAUUCCGAUGCUAAUUCUAAUCCAAAGGUGGAAAUUGUAGGUGGCCAUGGAGCCCCAAAGGUUCUUGCUCUUGUUGUCGAGGUAGCCAUAGCUAUGGCAUCUGGCUUCGACAUUGAGCUUGUGUCAAGUGGUCUAGGAGGUGCCUAUUUUGUGCAUGCUCGAAACGGGGUCACUAUUGCAGUUGUAAAGCCAAUAGAUGAAGAACCUCUGGCCUUCAACAACCCAAAAGGCUUUGCCGGCAGGAUGCUUGGCCAACCGGGUCUGAAGCACUCCAUUAGGGUUGGCGAAACCGGGAUUCGUGAACUAGCAGCUUAUCUUAUCGACCAUGAUGGUUUUGCAGGUGUCCCUCCAACGGCAUUAGUGAAAACCUCUCAUGUUAGGUUUCAUGUCAACAAUUCAGAAUCUGCAAAAACAGCUCCACCUUGUAAGAUUGCUUCGUUGCAGCGCUUUGUUGCUCAUGAUUCAGAUGCGGGGGACUUGGGACCUUCUGGCUUCUCAGCCUCUUCAGUCCAUCGAAUUGGAAUACUUGAUGUCAGGAUACUAAACCUUGAUAGGCAUUCAGGAAAUAUGCUCGUCAGGCAUGGGCAAGAAGGCUAUGCAGUUGGGGCAGCUGAACUGGUACCCAUAGAUCAUGGAUUGUGCUUACCAGAGACACUUGAUGAUCCAUAUUUUGAAUGGUUGCACUGGCCUCAAGCUUCAAUACCAUUUUCAGAGGUUGAAGUUGAGUAUAUAUAUAAUCUCGAUCCAUUCAAAGAUGCAGAGAUAUUAAGGACAAAAAUCCCUUCUAUAAGGGAAUCCUCUCUACGGGUUCUGAUAAUCUGCACCAUUUUCCUAAAGUGUGCCACCGCAGCUGGAUUUUGUCUUGCCGAUAUAGGUGAGAUGAUGACUCGAGAAUUACGUGGGGCUGAGGAGAGUACAAGUGUAUUAGAAAAUCUUUGUCUAAGUGCCAGAGCUGAAUUAAGUGCCACUAAAAGUGAUAAAGACUCUGAUUAUGGUAACAAAAACAUAAAACUGUUUCAGUUUGACAAUGAAUGUGAAGAUGACUCAAAUCAGGUAAGCUAUAUACCUCAACUCUUGGAGACCACAAACAGGACAGGCAAGCCACCAAAAAUUCCAAAAAAUUCAUCUGAAAGGCUAAUUAGUAAAUUCCACAACUUGAUGCUCCCUUUACGAGAUGAAGAGUGCCAAGGCAAAAGAGCAGAAGCCUAUAAUAAUUCUUUACAAGACAGUUCUGACCGCAAUAGUGGACUAGAGAUUGAUCCAAAUGCAGGAGGAAUAUCGAGUAGAACAAGUUUCUCAGUUCAUAAUCAUAACUACAAUAGCGAAGGAAUAUCUUUUGGGGAUAUGAACAAGGAGGAAUGGGAAUUGUUCUUGGAAAGCUUUGCAGAGCUUCUGCAUGAAGCUCUUGAGAAUAGGAAAAACAUGUAA